CUCUAACUAUCUAUUCGGCGAUCCAUCCAUCCUUGUAUGUUGUAUAUAAAGCAGGUUCUUUCUCAUUCAUCCUCCCAAAUUUGCCAGUUCUUCGCAGUUGCUUUCACUGCUAGAAACACAGAGAAAGUAACCCCAGAAAGAAAGAAAACCCACCAAAGCCCCCUAAUUUGGAAACGAAAGAAAUGCCAGACAGAGAGAAUUCUUGCGUCGUUCGUGAAUCCCGCCAGGUGGUGAGGAAGUUCCUGGCCAGGCCUCAGCACGAGGGAGUCGGCGCCAUUGUUAGAAGGAGCAUUGGAAGAUUCGAGCUGAAAUACUUCGAUCCUUUCCUUGCUCUUGAUGAGUUCUCUGGUUGUCACUGCGCCAGCAGGGUUCCCCGAUCAUCCACACAGAGGUCUGGUUUUUUCUCCCUGAAAUUUCCACCCUUCCGUUUACAUUUCAAUCCAGCAAUGGGAUUAAGAGCGGAAAGACUGAAUUUUUCUGUUUACUCUGUUUUCUGUCCAACAGGUUUCGAGACGGUCACAUACAUGUUACAGGGCUCGGUCCUGCACGAAGACUUCGAAGGUCACAAAGGGACAAUCGCAGCCGGCGACUUGCAAUGGAUGACGGCCGGCAGAGGGAUCGUUCACUCCGAGAUGCCUGCAGCUCAAGGCACCCAAAAGGGUCUCCAGCUCUGGAUCAACCUUUCUUCCAAGCACAAAAUGAUAGAGCCAAGGUACCAAGAAAUCUCGAGCAAGGACAUCGCGGAAGCAUCGAACGACGGAGUGAAGGUGAGAGUGAUAGCAGGGGAAGCCUUGGGAGCCAAGUCACCGGUGUACACGAGGACGCCAACCAUGUACUUGGAUUUCACGCUCGAGCCGGGAGCAAGGCUGCAGCAGCCGAUUCCGGCAUCGUGGAACGCAUUCGUGUACGUGCUCGACGGAGAAGGAGGGUUUGGGAGUGGAAGUAAAGCUGUGACCGCAUUGGCUCACCAUCUCCUGCUUCUGAGCAGCGGUGGGGGGGAUGGGCUGGAGGCGUGGAACAAAACGGCCAAGCCGGCCAGAUUCAUAUUGGUCGGCGGGCAGCCGUUGGGGGAGCCUUUGGCGCAAUUGGGUCCGUUUGUGAUGAACAGUGAGGAAGAGAUUGAUCAGGCCAUUGAUGACUUUGAGAAGUGUGUGAAUGGGUUUGAGAAGGCUCGGCAUUGGAGGUCUGAGAGUGGGAUUAGCCUUGGGUUUUAGUCUUUUAGAGGAUGAAACAGGGUUAUGGAUGAAGAGUAGGAUAUAGAGAUUACUCUCAAAAUGUAUAUUAGGUCUUUCUUUUUGUUUUCAUUAUUUGAAUGGAAAAAGAUCUACAUUUCACUA